UUGGAGGUUAUAUUUCAUUAUUUCUGCCGUAGCCAGUCCAAUCCCACGCAACUAGAUGCGGGACUCACCUCUGAAACCCUUCCGGUUUAUCGCAUGCUUCCCCUUCAAUUUAGCUAGCUAACAUAUAUGAAACAUAAUAUAUAGACAACGUUAGGAGUUCAUAAAACACUUUGGUUCCAUAAUUUAUACAUUUCAUCAUUUGAAAUUGUGACGGUCGAAGAAAACAUGAAUAUUCGCAACGCAAGGCCGGAGGACCUUAUGAACAUGCAGCACUGCAACCUGCUGUGUCUCCCAGAGAACUACCAGAUGAAAUACUACUUCUACCAUGGACUGUCCUGGCCACAGCUCUCCUACAUCGCUGAGGAUGAGAAUGGCAAAAUAGUGGGAUAUGUUUUGGCCAAGAUGGAGGAGGAUCCAGAUGAUGUCCCCCAUGGUCACAUCACAUCCCUGGCUGUCAAGCGCUCACACAGACGUCUGGGUCUGGCUCAGAAGCUGAUGGACCAAGCCAGCCGAGCUAUGAUUGAAAACUUCAACGCCAAAUAUGUCUCACUUCAUGUCCGGAAAAGUAACCGAGCAGCCUUGCACCUGUACUCCAACACACUGAAAUUCCAGAUUAGUGAAAUAGAGCCCAAGUACUAUGCAGAUGGGGAGGAUGCCUAUGCCAUGAAGAGAGACCUAGCUCACAUGGCUGAUGAGGUCCCACAGUUGAGGAAGCCAGGAGUGAAGGCACUGGGUCAGGAGACCCUUACUGCUACGACCACACCCGGUGACCAGGAGAAAGAGGGAGAGAGGGACAGUGGCGGAGAGAGCAAAGAACUCAGUGAAGUUAGCGAAGCAACAGAAAGCACAGACGUCAAAGAUUCAUCCUCCGAUUCACAAUGACUCUGACCUCUUUAGUAGCCAUUUUUAAAUUUCACCAUGAAAGAAACUUAUUACACUUUUUAUCUCUUUCCAAAUAGGAAAAAACAGAUUUGACCUCAGUUUUCCCCAGUGUUCAUCUUCAACUAUUCACCUCAGUUACUUUGUAUAUUUUACCUUUACAACAUACUGUACAGUAAUAUAUAUUUGACCUUCACACCGUACAGGAACAUAUUUGACCUUCACACCGUACAGGAACAUAUUUGACCUUCACACCGUACAGGAACAUAUUUGACCUUCACACCGUACAGGAACAUAUUUGACCUUCACACCGUACUGGAACAUAUUUGACCUUCACACCGUACAGGAACAUAUUUGACCUUCACACCAUACAGGAACAUAUUUGACCUUCACACCGUACAGGAACAUAUUUGACCUUCACACCGUACAGGAACAUAUUUUAUCUUCAGUGUACACAGUAGAGUAAUAUAUUAUACCUUUACAGCGUACACCAUACAAUAGUAUAUUUUACUAUUACUGUGUUCACAUACAGUAGUAUAUUUGACCUUUACAGUGUACACCGCACCGUAAUAUAUAUUUUACUUUACACUGUACAGUAAUAUAUUUUACCUUUUAGAGCAUACACUGUACAGUAAUAGUUUUUUUCCCAUAACCUUCUCUGUUGUCAUUAGUGACAAACAAAGAAAAUUGAGAAUUGGUUGAAAGGAAUGUUUUUGGAACUGGAAUGAAAAUGGAUUUUGAGCUGAAAUUCACGACUGGUUCCAUAAGUUUAAAAAAAUAUAUAUAUAUUUGAUGUUGUCACUAGUACUUCAUCGUCGGCCACCCCACCCAUGAAAUCAUAACCAGUGUUUUUGGAUGUGUCUAAAUCAGGUCUGUUAAGUAUUCUUCAAAAUAAAAGUUUCAAGUAAUA